UUACUAUAUUAGUAGAUUAGAUAUUUUUUUCUUUUCAUUUCACCGUCUAAGUCAGAAAAAAAAAAAAAAAAAAAAAAAAACUUCCUGGAAACACGAGCUCCUCAGUUCCGGACUUCCUGUUUAAUGUCCGACUGUUGCCUGGUUGGACGGGAUGGUUCUCGGAAGAAUAUAAAACUUACCCACUGAGACCGGAAUAAAAAGUCCACUCAAAAUGAGCUGGAUUCCCUUCAAGAUUGGACAACCGAAAAAACAGAUUGUCUCUAAAACUGUUGAAAGAGACUUUGAACGAGAAUAUGAAAAACUCCAAAAACUCGAGGAUCAGACGAAAAAGCUUCACAAAGACAUGAAGAAAAGCACUGAGGCUGAUCUAGCCAUGUCCAAAGCAGCGGUAAAAAUCUCUGCGGACCUGCUGAGUAACCCGCUGUGUGAGCAGGACCAAGCCUUCCUGGAGUCCAUGACCUCUUUAGACACAGCCAUGAGAAGGAUGGACGCCUUCAACCAGGAAAAGGUCAACCAGAUCCAGAAGACUGUCAUUGACCCCCUGAAAAAGUACAGUGGUGUGUUCCCCAGCCUGAACAUGGCAGUGAAACGUCGGGAGCAGGCGCUGCAGGACUACAAACGGUUGCAAUCCAAAGUGGAGAAAUACGAAGAGAAAGACAAAACCGGGCCUGUUGUGGUGAAACUACAUCAGGCGAAAGAGGAGCUCCGACCAGUCAAGGAAGACUUCGAGGCCAAGAACAAGCAGCUCCUGGACGAGAUGCCCAAGUUCUACCACAGCCGCAUCGACUACUUCCAGCCGAGCUUUGAGGCUCUCAUCCGGGCGCAGGUGGUUUAUUUCACUGAAAUGUACAAGAUCUUCAGCGACUUAACAGACCAGAUCGACCAGGCAGGGCUGACUGACGAGCAGAGGGAGAGGGAGACCGAGGCCAAGCUCAGCGAGCUGCGUGCUCUGUCCAUUGUCGCAGACGACUGAGAGAGGGGAGCCGAAAACUGGGAAGUGCUCUUUUCAUGCCUCUCUGAAUGGAUUGAACUGUUUCCGAGCUCCUCUGGAGUUCAAACGGACGGCGACGGCCUUAACUUGAUUAUCAGUUUGUUUCCUUGCGACCGCAUCACCCCCCAUUGCUCUUGCACUACACCCUCAUGUGUCAUCCUCUCUACAAAGACUCUCUGUAACUGAAUGCCACAUUAACUAAGCCAUCAGCCAAGUGCAACAUUAUAAGCCAAUGUGUUGUCUUUUUUUUUUUGUUAACGUGGAAGAAUGAAACAGAAACUCCCGUUAGGACGAAUUAACCGGGCUACACUUCAUGGUUUUAGAGAAGUAGAAAAAUUAGUUUCUAAAGUACGAACAGCGCAAGGCAAUCCUUUUUGUUACCAACAACCUAUGAGAUCACUUAUUGUUACUCCACUUUGAAAUGACAAAUUCUGCAGAAUGAAUGUUAUGUAAUGUAGCUUAUUGAUUAAGACAUAUUCCUACAGUUUCUUUUCUCAUCAUCUGUCAGUUUAGUUCUGUGCCAUGCUGUGUGGGGUCUUUUUAUUGGGGUUUAUAAUACGAUAAUUUUACACAUCAACUGUGCAUUAUGUGCCUACAUUCCCCUGACACUGGAUGUAACAUGAAAUUAACUUGUUGAGUGAGACUGGACAUCCUCAAAGUUCCACUGCAGAGAGAAGCGGUUGACGUCCUCAAAAACAAAGCCUGGUGCGCCCUCUAGUGAGAAACACUGGUUAUGACACACUCUCCUUUUGUUCACAGCAUCCAUCCUUUGUUCUAUUGUUGGUUGGAGUGUGUGUGUAAGCAAAGAGGCUCACGGUCUAAGGAGUUAUUUCUCCUUUUUACACCACGGUUGGAAGCCAAAGCCUUUUCAGCUUCCCUUGAUUUUGGACCAAUUCAUGCGGUCACUGCACUCCUUUGUUUACUCUGUCAGGUCAGGUUUCACUUUGAGCAACACACUACAGGGUGUAUGGUAAUGUAGACACACUGAUUGUUCCCAUGAAGUCAAUUAUUUAUUCUUUAUAUUAUGAAACAAUUGAAGCGAAGGUUUAGUCUCUGUAUUUUUGUUGUGUUCUGUAAUGCAGACCGAGUUACACUUAACUGUAUUAAUGAAGGUGCUUUUCUAAUUAAGGUUGACUUUUUUUUCUUUUUUUAACCCGAAUAAUUUAGAGUGGGUUUUAUUUAGUUUUUUUUUUCUAGAUGUAUUAAUACCACAAUCUGUUAAUGUUUUCGCUGUCAUCUUGUUAAGCAGCUAAUUAAUCAUAAAUUAAAUGAACUGUGAGAAAAGCUA